AAUCACUACCUCAACGGACUUCAAUUCACCCGCCGAUCCUCUGCCUAUUCAGGCUAUCUACCACGCCCGUCGACGUCUCAUUCUCACGCGUGCCUCAGCCCAUUCUCAUCUCACCUUAGACCAGACAUCGGAUAACCAACAUUUCUUUGACUCAUUCUUUUCACCUCUUUUCUCCAAAAUGUCUGCUCCUGGUCCCGAAUCGGUACCAACGUCGGCCGACCCCCGAUCCCAUCGACCUACCAAGAAGCGCGCUCUUACGCCCGUCUCAGCGCAAGCCGCCACGGUAGAGGCCCUCUUCUCAAAGCCCGACCAAAUCAUCCGUAUCCCCGAGUCCUCCACCUCCGGCUCCGGCAGUUCCGCCUUGCGUUCCGUCCCUCCGGAAAUUGUCACCAAUGUUCAAGGGUCUAGUGCAGGUGCCGGUUCAGGCGAGUUUCAUGUGUAUAAGGCCAGUCGUCGGCGCGAGUAUGAGCGCCUGCGCAGUAUGGACGAGGAUCUUCGUCACGAAAAGGACAUCGAAGAGUUUAACAAGGACAAGACUGAGCGCGAUCGCAAAGACGAAGAACGCACACGCAAGAAUCGCGAGAAGAGGGAGAAGAUGAAGGCCCGCAAGGCUAAGAAGGGCAGAGGCCCUGUCACCACUGAUAAGAAGCCCAACGCGGCACAGUCCAAAGAUGACUCCCCGCAGGCGGAGAACGAUACUGAGAAGGACACUGCUGAUGCUGAUUCUAAGACCAAGACCGAGCAUGGUAAGGAAGAAACGGAAUCAACGCCAUCGAUGCAACCUGCAGGACUAGUCAUUCACGACGAAGACGACUAAGCGAUAAGGAGUACAAAAGCCCAGCAGCCCAAGAAGUCGUGCACAGUUGCAACGAAAUGUCAUGGGAGAGGAAGGAUACUUUAUCAGAUCAGAUUUGAGAACUAGAUUGCAGGAGGAAGAAUGGCUCGCAAGGGCAUCGCAAGUAGAUGCAACAGUAUAUCCAUCAACCAGGUAAUUUUAUAUGAUACCCAUUUCUUUCCUUUUGAGAAGAGUCACCG